AUGCCCAAAGUUAAGAAGGGCUGUCAUCUGCUGAAGCAUGCAACUUCAAAUGUGCGGAAGAAGCUGGCUCCGCACUCUGAGCUGGGGUCAGGCCCCACUUCUGCGCUGGAAUUGAUAAAUACACACCUCCAGUCCACUUCCACGCAACGGAACUAUAGCUCAGCAAUAACCAAUGCCAAGAAGUGGUUGGAAGAGAAUUGCCUCAAGUACAGUAACCCACUGUUGUCAUCCCCUGAGGAUCCAAAUCCGGAGGCAUAUCUCUUUCAACACAAGGAUGCUCUCCUUGCUUUCGACAAACCUGUGGAAAUUACUGCCAAACUACUGGCUGCAUACAUCACAUUCUGCACUACUGAUCAGAACAAGUCUGUCUCAACUGUAGACAUACUCCGCUCCGCAUUCCAGUGGCACUCCAGGAAACUAGAAUUUGAGGGCACUUGGCAUCUGCACCCUUAUCCUGAAAAGUGCCAGGGAAACCCAUGUGAAUCCAGUCUGAUCAUUGACCUUGUCAAAUCUGUGAAGAAUUUGCACGCAUCUGAGGGAACUAUCCAGAAUCAUGCAAGGGCAAUCCAGAUUAGCGACAUUAAGGCUAUUCAGGCUGUCACUGCUGCUCAAUGUCCUCCAGACCUGAUUAGCAAGGCUCUUGACCCUAGUAUUCCCAGCGAGUCCUUCACCCUUAAACAACAUGACAACAUCCACUCCCACCUCAUGUUGUGUACACUAACAUCUUUGGGCUGGACUCUAUGGACAAGGAAUGAAGAGCUCACUUCAAUCCUUAUUCAGCAUCUUGAUUGGGGACACGAGGAAGUCAGUCACAACCUUCCACACCUGUGGGUCACCCUGGUUAACCGCAAGGGCUGGCAAAAACAGAACCAUAGUGAUGAGUCUGGCUGCCAAGGCAUGGUGGUCUUCAGCACUGGUUUGCUCUUGCACCGGUUUUCAGAAGGUGGCCACUUCAUCAGUGCCAGUGGUGGGGCUCUCACAAUAUUCCAGCCAUCUACACUCCUCAAAUAUGCUAUGGAUAUGCUGAUCACCACAGAAACAAACUAUGGCAACUCACUUGCCCCGGUUCACAUUGACAACUUAGAGUCUCAAAAUGGAGCGAUGUCGCAACUCAAAGCAAUAACUGCAGAAGAAGCCCACUCUCAGUUUGGCCACCUGGGUGAAUACAUAGGCCAUUUUGAGGAACGCAUAGGCUGCCCCAUCGCUUCCUCUCCACUUGCCCAGUCCCUAUCCCACCCUCCAUCAGGCUCCAGUCGGCCCCAGGAGCACCACGAUGAUGAUGGCCGACCCGCUCCGGGCGCUGAGCACACCACCAUUCCCCCAGUCCGCACACUUAAGGAUGCCAUUAAACAAUGGCUGCAUGGGGAUGAGAAUGAGCUCCGAGUGCCACUGAAGAACUGGAAGUGGGAAUGGUACACUGACAAGCACUCGAGCACACAUGGAGUGACAUAUGGCAAGCACCGUCGUGUUGGCAAGAAAUAUGACAAGUCUGUAGUCUCUUCCUUCUCUUCUCCUUUUGGUGACUAA